CUGAGGACUUAAAGCCCCAGCCCCAGGCAAGUGUUUCACUUUUGCAGUUAAAAAAAAUCGUUCCCUUAUUUUCCCCUUCUUUCAACAAAAGCAGCGUGUCAAGACUCCCCUGCAUCUCUCGCACCGUCUCAGCAUUCAGUAUGACUCGUGGCAAGUCCAUUGCUCAGAAAAACCCAGCGGACAUCAGCAACAGAUCCGAAAGAAAAAGGAGGCUGGACAGAUCAACCUCAGCUGAGGGACCGUUAUCCACUCCUUCGGACCUCAGCCUGUCACCCUAGCCUCGCGCAGUUCAUCUGAAUUGGCUCGACAAUUGGCGGUAAGAAUUAAAUAUGAAGAUGGCCUCAGGUUCAAAGACCCAGGGGUGAUGGAGCGUUAUGACAACAAACGCACCUUCAACCUGGAAAAGCAAAUAAGUUUGAAGGGGCUGCCUGAGAAUUUCCCCAGGAUCAUGGAACAACUCCGAAUAAGGAACUGGAUGAUUUUCACAUAAUCACCCGGGACUUUCGCGCCACAAAUUGUCCAAGAGUUCUAUACAAAUCUGGGGGCGGCUAUGGGAAAGAAGAAGGUGAUGAUGACUGGGCGUAUGGUUCGGCGGGUGGUGGUGCCCAUAUUCCAUGAGGGAAUCAAUCGAGAAUAUUUUGGGAAUAAUGACACACCUUAUCGGGAGUACGAGGAUAAGAUAAGAAAGGAUAUUGUCCAGGGUCAACAGGAUUGGUUGGCUGAGGUUCUUGCGGCUCCGGGUACUAGUCCUCCAUGGAUACACCCGAAGGUUGGGAUUAUGAAGGCUACCCUCAACAUUGAGGCAAACUUUUGGUUAUCUUUCAUCAGCAGCAGAUUCUGGCCUUCCCAAAAUGAGACUUUGGUGGGUAUUAACAAGGCGGUGUUGAUAGCGUGUAUCAUGACAGGGGUGCACAUCAAUGUGGGUCGGAUCAUGUACUAUCACAUUAUGGACAAAGCAUGGCAGACUACUAGGUCCAUCCCAUUCCCUUGCUUAAUUACUGCCUUAUGCCGUCAGUUUCAGGUAGCCGUGUUCAAACGGGUUGACAGAGAGUUCCAGACUACCGGGUUCGUGGAUAUUUUAAGGACUGAGGAUGAUGAGAGCUUGGAGAGACAGAGAAAGAGAGCGAGAGCCCAGGUACACUACAAGAGAAAAGAUCUUUAGCGAG